AUGGAGGCUAGCAAAAGACUUCGUUUCGAUGUCAUUGCUCUCCAGGAAACAAAAGCAAAAGAAGCAGCUACCAGGAAGACCAACGAUGGCCACCUAAUUGUUCUCGGAGCCAAAUUGAGCGGAAGAAAUGUCGGUGGUGUUGGAUUCCUCGUCCACCAUCGGCUCGAGCACAUGGUCGAUUCAGUCGAUAGUUUGAUCGGCCCGCCUCGACUGGCCAUCCUACGUCUACGCAUCGACAAGCGCACUUUCUGGAGUCUGCUCGACGUCAGCGUGGUGGAUGCAUUCCGCACUGGGAGCGACCAUAGGCUGGUUAGAGCAAAAAUUCGUCUCCGAGCGAGAAUCCGAAGACGUGACUUCUUCCGACCCCCUCCCAUACGGUUGCCACAUUACGACACAAACGCCAUGGAGACGGCCGCCGCUCACUAUACGUGGCAGGAGGCGGAAGACUUGUCGCAAGACUAUACUAUGCUCAUAGAAGGACUUCGACAUUGCGCUAUGGCAUCGGCUAUCCCAACAAGGACGGAUUCGAAUGGCAGAAUCGACGACAAGGCUCGCGCACUUCUACAGCAACGCGCUGUCGUCCAUCGUAACCCUGCAUCAACACCAUUGGAGCGCGCCACGCGAUGGGCAGACCGCAGACAUCGAGAGCAAAGAUUGAAGAGAUCGUCGUCAAUUUCUACACGGAUUCUCUACGAUCAACGGAUGGCCAGUUCACGCAUACCUACACCCACGCAGGACGCGGCCCCACAGAUCGAAGAGUGGGAGGUGGAACACGCCUUGCGUCAAAUGAAGCCGGGGAAGGCCCCAGGGCCCGACCGCAUCUCAGUAGACUUUCUGAAGUCGGCGUCCCGCACCGUCAUAAAACAGCUCACCAAUCGCUAUAACAGCAAGACAUCCCGGACUCAUGGAAGUACGUCAAGCACAGAGUUUCUUUUUGUUGCAAAAAGAGCGAUGCGGCGCAAAAUGAACAAUACUACCGCCCAUCGCCCUCCUUUCGCAGCCAUACAAGUUGUUCACGAAGGCUCGAGAAACAACUGGAUGAAUAUCAACCAGUGGAACAGGCUGGCCGGGUUUCGCAAGGGCUUCUGUUGCAUGGACCACAUCCAUACUGUCACGCAGUUAAUCGAGCGAACUAAGGAAUACAAGCAGCCACAUCUCUUGCUCCUCUGCUGCAAUUGA